AUGAUUAAACAACAGCAACCACAGCAACUUAAGGCACAGACCAUUACAUACGCCACAUAUGCAUAUAAUUCAAAGACGGCAGAACAAACGCAAAGGUUGAAAUAUGGAGAUUUGGAGAUAGUAUUGAAAAAUGACCAUUUCGAAUUCGUUUGCAAAGGUGGUGCAGUGAUAUCAAAUAUAAAAGAAAUUUUAUUUAUGAAUUCAAAAAUUAAAGGUAUAACGGAUGAUAUAACAUCAAUUCCACCAGAAGAACAGAGAUAUUACGCAUUAAAUGCAUUUCCUAAAGUUUUGAAGAUUGGAAGAUUUAAUUUAAAUGAGGAAUUCAUAAAAGGUUUCCUAAAUGACAUAAUGAAGAAAGCAGAUAAAGAAUAUGUGGUUAGUGAGUUAGAGGAGAAGGUAGAUAAGGGACUUAUGGCUAGUGAAUUAAUGAAGAAAGCAGAUAAGGAAUAUGUUAACGAAAAAGAUAAUGAAAUUAAAGAAAUGGUUGAAUGGUAUCAUGAAUGGACAUCAAAGAUUUUAAAAACUAAAGCCGAUACAGGAUGGGUUUCAGAAUGUUUAGACCUUAAAGCGGAUAAAACUUAUGUUAACGAUGAGUUAGAGAAGAAGGCGGAUAAAACAUAUGUUAACGAUGAGUUAGAGAAGAAGGCGGAUAAAACAUAUGUUAACGAUGAGUUAGAGAAGAAGGCGGAUAAAACUUAUGUUAACGAAAUAUACCAAAGUUUGAUAGGAACAAAAAAUAUUGAAACUAUUGUUGGGGAUGUUUCUGUCUAUGAAGAAAAUAAAUAUUUUAGAUGGGAGUUUGUACACUCCUUAAAAAAUGGUAUACGGUGUAAACUCAUUCCGAAAAAUAACAAUGAAAUGUAUGUAAGUUAUAUAAAGAAUGAUGACACACAAGUUAAAGUUCCAUUAGACAACAACUGUUACUUAAACUUAUAUGGAGACGAACAAAAGAAAUAUUUAAGAGUUUAUGAAAUGGCAGAUAUGACAUUGCCUGACCCGGCUCCAGCACCAUAUUAUUAUGACUAUGGAGAUGAUGUCAGAACACCACAUGUAGAUGAACAAAAGUUAACAUUAUAUUUAGAUUAUUAUAGAUAUAAAAGAUAUAAUGCAAUAGAAAAAACGAGAAUAGUAUAUUAUUAUACAGAUGACAGAAAUAAAUAUUAUAGUCAAGAUUUUACCUACCCUGAAAACAUAAGAUUAUAUUAUAAAAAAUAUUCUGACACAAACCAGAAGAAACCCGAAAUAGUUACACUAUAUCUUAAGUUCAAAAGAGACAAUCCUAUAAUAUCUCAUAUGUUUGAUUUAAUGAACCCAGUGGGUUCUAUUUAUACAUCUAUGGAUGCAAGAGGUCCUCAAGUAAUGUUUGGUGUUGGUGCAUGGGAACAAAUAGUUGACAGGUUUUUGUAUUGUGCAAACUCUUCAAAGCAAACGGGUGGUUCAAAGAAAAUUACUGAAGCAAACCUUCCACCGCACACUCAUACAGGAACUACAAACACAUCAGGUAAUCAUACACAUUCAAUAAGAGACCAUCCAUUAUACAACUCAGAAUAUUAUGCUGGCAAUGACGUUUUAUCUCCAGAUUAUAACCAUUCAGCAAAAAAGACUUUUCGACCAACUGAACCAGGAGGAAAUCAUUCACAUACUUUCACAACAAAUCCAACAGGCUUGGGUAAAGAUUAUAUGCCACCAUUUAUGACUGUAUUCGCAUGGUACCGCAUUUAUUGA